AUGCGCGCGCUGCGCGUGCUGAGCGGGGUGCAACCCACGGGGUCUAUCCACCUGGGAAACUACUUUGGCGCGAUUAAAAAUUACGUCAAGUUGCAAGAGGAUUACGACGCGUUCUACUGCGUGGUGGAUUUACACGCGAUAACCGCCGGAGGACACGAUCCGACGGCGCUGGAGGCGUCGACGCGGACGAGCGCGGCGAUUUAUUUAGCGGCGGGGGUGUCGCCGGAGAAGGCGAACGUCUUCGUGCAGAGUCACGUGCCGGCGCACUCGGAGCUGUGUUGGCUGUUGAAUUGCGCGGCGCCGAUCGGGUGGUUGGAAAAGAUGAUACAGUUUAAGGAGAAGGCGCGCAAGGCUGGGGAGGAAGUGAGCGUGGGGUUGUUGGAUUAUCCCGUGCUCAUGGCGGCGGAUAUUUUAUUGUACAAGGCGGAUUUGGUGCCCGUGGGCGAGGACCAGCGGCAGCACUUGGAGCUCACGCGCGAUAUCGCGGGGCGAGUGAACUCGUUGUACGGGGGGAAGAAGUGGAAGAAGCGCAAAGGAGGGGACGUGCUGAUGGUGCCGGAGGCGUUUACGCCCAAGGAGGGCGGACGCGUCAUGUCGCUCACCGACGGAACGGCGAAGAUGAGCAAAUCUAACCCGGCGGAAGGGUCGAGGAUCAACGUGUUAGACACUCCGGAUGAGAUCGCGAAGAAACUCAAGCGAUGCAAGACGGAUGCGUUCGAGGGUCUGGAGUUUGGGAACCCGGAACGCCCGGAGGCGAACAACCUGUUGACGAUGUAUCAGUUGUGCACCGGGCUGACGCAAGAGGAAGUGCUGGCUGAGUGCGGAUCCAUGCGAUGGGGUGAUUUCAAGCCGCACCUGACCGAUGCCGUCAUCGCUCACUUGUCCCCGAUUCAAGGUCGCUACAAGGAAAUCAUGGACGAGCCGGGAUACUUGGAGGACGUGUUGAAGCGCGGCGCCGAAAACGCCAACGAAGUCGCGAAUUUGACGCUCAGAGACGUGCGCGACGCGAUGGGCUUCGUGCAGUACUAAACACUGGAAUAAAUUUAAAGUU